AAGGCGGUCUCGCCAUUCUCCAACACAUCUCAGCGAGGCAAGCUCUGAAUUGCUAGAUUUCUCAGCAGCAAUGCAUCCUGCAUCGUCCUCCAGCGACCGCGACGGGAAGGUGCCGGGGGAUGUCCCAUGCGAUCCGACGACCACGCUGAGCUGCCUGGCGACCAUGUGGCAGUGCGAGGUGACCUCGGAACAAAUGGCGGCGAACCUUGACAAACACGACAGCCUCGCCGCCUUCAGGAGCCAGUUUGAAAUUCCCAAAAUGAAGACGAAGCCGGGAGUUGACCUGAGUGCUGUCAACCCUGAUGACGAUAUAAUUUACAUGAACGGGAACUCGCUGGGGCUGAAGCCCAAGAAAACUGACGAGUACUGCAGUAAAAUGCUGCAACAGUGGGGAGAGUGGGGCCAUCAAACGCACUUCAUGGGUGUACUGCCCGCCGCCAAAUGUGACCUCGAGGUCAACGGCUCCCACGCGCGACUGGUCGGAGCGCAUCCAGACGAGGUGGCCGUCAUGAACGGGCUGACGGUGAACCUGCACCUGCUGCUCAUAGCCUUCUAUCACCCGACGCCGCUGCGUCACAAGGUGCUCAUCGAGGAGAAGGCGUUCCCGAGCGACAAGUACGCAGUCGGCUCGCAGGUGCGCCGCCGCGGCUACGACCCAUCCAACUCCGUCAUCCAGCUGCGCCGCCGACCCGGCGAGGACGUGUUCCGCACCGAGGACGUGCUCGACCUGAUCGCCCGACACGGCCACGAGAUCGCCGUCAUCCUGAUCGGCGGCGUCCACUACUUCACCGGCCAGAAGUUUGACAUGGAGGCGAUCACCAAGGCGGGUCACGCGGCCGGGUGCGUGGUCGGCUUCGACCUGGCGCACGCCAUUGGCAACGUCAAGCUGGAGCUGCACAAAUGGAAUGUGGACUUCGCCUGCUGGUGCACGUAUAAGUACCUCAACUCGGGGCCGGGCUGCAUCGCUGGAGCGUUCGUGCACAAUCAGCACAUGCUCUCGCACCUGCCGCUGCUGCACGGCUGGUGGGGCAACAAGGCCGAGACGCGAUUCCACAUGAGGGACUCCAUUGACGCCUCGGUGGGAGUCAACAGCCUGAAGCUAUGCAAUCCGCCACAAAUGUUGGUGGCCAUGAACCGGGCCAGCAUGGACAUUUUCGACCAGGUGUCGAUGGACCAGCUUCUAGAGAAGCAGACGCUGCUGACCGGUUACCUGGAGCUGCUGGCGGCACGCCGGCUGCCCGAGGCAUGCCAGAUGACGCCCCGUGACCCGCACCAGCGGGGCUGUCAGCUCUCCUUCCGCUUCCCCGAUCUGCACGGCGUCCAUGCCGAGCUGCAGCGCCGGGGCAUUGAGUGUGACCUGCGCUGUGAUGAGGGCCUUCCGAGCAUCAUGCGGAUCGCUCCGGUGCCGCUCUACAACUCCUUCUCCGAUGUCUUCAAGCUGGUCACUAUCAUCAGAGAAGCGCUGGACCACCUGGCCAGUCGGAGGGUCGCUGAGCGGAGCGAAGGCGCUCGGACGGCCGGGCGACCGAGCGCUGACCCAGCUCUGGCUGACCCCUGAACUAGCUCCGGAUGAUCCGCCCCUGUGCCCCCACUCCUGCGGUGAAUCAGCUCUGGCCGACCCGCCCCUGUGCCCCCACUCCUCCGCUGAGCCAGCUCCGGCUAACCCGUCCCUGUGCCCCCACUCCUGCGCUGAGCAGCCAGCUCCGGCUGACCUGUCCCUGUGCCCCCACUCCUGCGCUGAGCCAACUCCGGCUGACCCGCCCCUGUGCCCCCACUCCUGCGCUGAGCCAGCUCCGGCUGACCCGCCCCUGUACCUCCACUUUUGCGCUGAAUCAGCUCUGGCUGACCCGCCCCUGUGCCCCCACUCCUGCGCUGAGCCAGCUCCGGCUGACCCGCCCCUGUGCCCCCACUCCUGCGCUGAGCCAGCGCCGGCUGACCCGCCCCUGUGCCACCACUCCUGCGCUGAGCCAGCUCCGGCUGACCCGCCCCUGUGCCACCACUCCUGCGUUGAGCCAGCUCCGAUUGAUCCGCUGCUGUGCGCCGCUCAGCUGUGGCGAGUGGUUGGCGUCUCGGUGCAGCUGUUGACGUUCUGGUGUUAUCCGAAGUUUAGUGAGUGCUGCGCUUGUCCGAGGUGAGCAGCUGACUCGCGAACAGCGCUAUGCAGCAGCAUGGGACCUCGGAGCGCUGUUGACGUUCUGGUGUUAUCCGGAGUUUAGUGAGUGCUGCGCUUGUCCGAGGUGAGCAGCUGACUCGCGAACAGCCAGCUAUGCAGCAGCAUGGGACCUCGGAGCGCUGUUGACGUUCUGGUGUCAUCCGGAGUUUAGUGAGUGCUGCGCUUGUCCAAGGUGAGCAGCUGGCUCGCGAACAGCCAGCUAUGCAGCAGCAUGGGAUCUCGGAGCGCUGUUGACGUUCUGGUGUCAUCCGGAGUUUAGUGAGUGCUGCGCUUGUCCGAAGUGAGCAGCUGACUCGCGAACAGCGCUAUGCAGCAGCAUGGGACCCCGGAGCGCUGUGCGGACAUUGAUAAAGACACGCGUCAGCCUUGACGCCCGCACAGGAUAUAGUCAGUCAUGCAGUCGUGUCAUGUCACGACUGACCAGGACACGGGUCGUGCUCAUGCUCCACAUGGGCAUUGGAGCUCGGAAACACAUAUGAACAUUUAUCUGUGCCGCACAGCGCACUAUGUUUGGCUGCGUCCUCGGCUGGCGCUUGCUUUAUCGUGGGUGCAAUAUUUUGCAUUGACUGUGUAAUAUAUUUACCGA